CACCGAAGGAAGUGUUUUCGCCGUCGAGAAAGGGUUCGAAAAGUUCGUCGAGAUCGGAAGACGGGAGAAGGAUUGCUGGACCCAUCGCUUUGCAAGGAGAUGCCAAACCUGGUGACGAGCUCCAGACUGGCCAAGAAUCUCGACACUCUGCUCGAAUUAGUCGAUCCAGCUUCUCUACCGAUGGUGAACGAUGAGGAGGCCGUCAACGAUGUGGACGAACGCUACAAGGGCGCUGUCAUGAAAGCCAAGCUCAUCCAGCGUUCGCUAGGCGAAAAGGAAGACAAUUCGGAUAUACACCCGGACGCAAAGGAGACGCCAACUGCAUCUGCAGGUGACGGAACAGGCAGCAUCGAAGACAUCAGCUCGUUAAGUAUUCGCCAUUGAGGACCCUCGUUGCUGCAAGUCCGCACUUACCGUACGACGACGGAUUGUUCUGCAAGGGA